AUCGGUUCGUCAAUGUAUAACUUUCUUCCUUAAAAUAUCUUUAUAUUUUCAUAUAAUCAUGAUCCAAAAGUUUAUUGAGAUUUUGACGAGAACAAGAUUUAAGAAUGAACACCAUCUCUAUGCGUUUCUUGUGCUUGCCUUCUUUUCUGUAAUAUCCCUUUUUGUUUUACUAAACUACGGAGAAAUGCCACAGACUUUACCUGAUAGACACACCUCGUAUCAUAAAGUAGAAGUAAAGCUGCAAAAGAGUAUUUUAGAGGAGACUGAGAUUGGUUGUAAAUUUCCGGUUCUGGAUCCAUUCGCUGAAGAGAUGAUGAGAUUCAACAAGGACAUACCCAAAAUCAAAUGCGAGGGCGGCGAUUGGGUGCAGUGUGAAAUGUCAGAAUGCUACGUGAAAUCAGAAAUACUGAAGACAAUGAACAACGUAGUUUGUGUAUAUAAGGACAUUAAAUACAUAGAUGACAAUAAUUAUAAGAUUGGUCAGCCGGAGCGGGUGACAGGUGACAGACAUUACUUCCUCAACGCUAGUGAUCAUGUCAAAGUGUCAUGCUCUGGCACACCGGUUAAUAGGUUCAACUUAUUCUCAACCCGAUGGUUUGGCUACAAGGCGGGUCUGCGGCCGGUACAGCUGCCCCCCGCACCUGCUGAACCCGGCGAACUAGCGCCCGCCGGAGCCCCCGAACCCCCCGCGGAAGACAUUAGCGUAAUGAUCCUCUGCUUCGACUCCACGUCGCAUAACGGCUUCAAGCGACGAAUGCCGCACAGCUAUAAGGCAUUGCAGGAUAUGGGCGCCAUAAUAAUGCAUGGUUACAACAUCGUAGGCGACGGGACGCCAGCCGCAAUCAUUCCUCUGCUGACUGGUAAGACGGAGCUCGACAUGCCCGAGAUGCGGAAACGCUUUGCCAACAGCAAUGCCGUAGACCCGGAGAACUUCAUCUUCAAAAUGCUAUCCAAAUAUGGCUACCGCACCGCAUUCUUCGAGGACUCCCCCUGGAUCGGGACCUUCCAGUAUCGCUACAACGGGUUCAGCUCGCAACCAGCUGACCACUACCUGCAGGCGUUCCUGCAGGAGGAGACCAAGUACGGGGCCAAGUGGUGGAACGGCAUCAACAAGAGGCACUGCAUCGGAGACACGCCUCAAUACGGGUUUCUCAUGAAUAUGAGCAAACAGGUGACGUCACUAGCGGAGAAGCAUUUCUGCUUUACUUUCAUAGUGGACAUCUCACACGAUGACUUCAACAUGAUAACCAGCGCUGAUGACGAUCUGGUGGCUUUCAUCGAGCACAUGCGAUACUCCGGCAAGAUGGAGAACCACCUGUUCAUUGUAAUGGGUGAUCAUGGAUCUAGAUUCUCUGGACUUCGAGAAACGUACCAAGGCAAGAUAGAGGAGCGACUGCCAUUGAUGGCGAUAAUGUUGCCAGAGAAGUUGAUACAGACGCGACCAGAGGCUCUGACCUCUCUGCAGAACAACGCGCACGUCCUCACUACACCCUUCGAUAUUCACACCACUUUAGUGGACGCCAUGGGUCUGCCUGAACUGGCCAAUGAUUAUGUCAUACUCGGAUCUGAUAUACCGAGAGGGAUGAGCCUGUUAGAACCGAUCCCGAAGUCUCGUACAUGCGGCAAAGCGGGCAUCUUGUCUCACUGGUGCGUGUGCAGCAAGUGGUACCCCGUACUGCCUUCAGACAGACUCUACACUCAGGCCAGCGCCGCGCUCGCCAACUUUGUCAACAACGUCACCUACGACGUUAGGUCCAAUUGUGUCGAUAGAAAGCUGACAUUUAUAGACUGGGUGAUGAAACUGAGCAACAACGAUGAUUUUCUCAGUUUCAAAUCCGGCAUUGAAUGUAACGGUCAACACGAAACAUAUGUCAAAGCUGAUGUCAAGUCGAGACCCAGCGUCGAGUAUUAUCAAGCGAAAAUCACAAUGAGUCCUGGCCGCGCGGUGUUUGAAGGCACAAUGAAGUACUACGUCAACACUGAACAGUUUGUGGUCUCUGACAGCGACAUCCAGCGGAUUACAGCGUACGCUGAUGAACCUUCUUGUAUCAGCAAAACUCAUCCACAUCUAAAUAAAUAUUGUUUCUGCAAAGACAAGGCGUCAAAACUACCAUUCACGUGAUACAGUACAAUAAUGUUUUAUUUCUAUGUAUACGUUGUUUCAAAUUAAUACAUAAACAUUUU